AUGCAUUUCCCCGCUCUCCUCGCUGAUGAGCGCCUCACCCAGCUUCAACAUUCAACUGCUCCUUCCCAAUACUCUGGUAGCUCCGAAGCCACACAUAAUUCUCCAAUUCAGAUAUCAUGCAUCGUUUUAAUUAUUCUCGGAAUAGGUGCAAAGGCGGCAUUCGCGGUUGAAAGUUUGGACUGGUUGGAUUAUACGAUUCUUUGCGUUUUGACGGGAAUUUGGUAUUCUCGACGACGACCAACUACAUAUGUAGUUUUGUGA